GGAAAGAGAGAGAAUUGAGAGGGAGAAGAUAGAGAGGGAGAGGGAGCGAGAGAGGGAGAGGGAGCGGGAAAGGGAGCGAGAGAGGCUGGAGAAUGAGAGGCUGGAGAGAGAGAGGGAGAGGGAGAUGCAGGCUGCAGGUCUGGAUGUUUGUGGGAACAUCGUGGGCCGAGGAGCAAACGAGAAGAACGGCGUUGGCAUGACCCAACACCAUCACAGGGAGAUGAGCGGCGCCAGGACUGACAGUGAGAACAAUCCAGGGAGCCAUAACCCUCCAAACCACAACCCGCCCAAGAUCAUGCCAGUGUCGGGGAAACUGGAGCAGGCGAUGCAGAACAACUCAGGCCUCGUCCGUCCCUCUGCCUUCAAGCCGGUGGUUCCCAAGAGCUUCCACUCCAUGCAGAACCUGGUGGGCCAGGCAGGAGGGGCUGGGAGCGAGGGCAAGACUGAGGCAAGGAGUGAGGGGUUCAGUGAGAGCAGAGGAGGCAGGAGAGGCAGGGACGGAGCAGGAGGAGAAGCAGGAGAGGUGCCAGAGGCCCUGCUCCUGGACCAGGACAGCCCAGUGAGGGUCAGCAGAAGUGAGGGCGGGGGAAAUGGGAAUGAAGUGGUUCAGGGAGGGAUGUCUGACUCAGGGAGGAACUCCCUAACCAGCCUGCCUACCUAUACGGGCUCGGGGUCCGGUUGCGGGCCCCCAGCGGUCCUGGGGCCUCUCAGUGCUUCCACCAGCCACAUCAAUAGGUUGGGCAUGGUUGGGGCAGCUGCAGGCCUGGACAAGCUGGAAAAGCCUGGCUACCAGAACGGGCUCAGCGCCUCAGACAGUGGCCGCUCCUCCUCAGGAAAGAGCUCCUCAUCCUAUCAGAGGCUGAGCCACCUGAGUGACGCCCCUGCACCUCUACGCCCCUCCCCCUCUUCUGAUGACAUCAUUCAGGACCUCGAAGACCGCCUGUGGGAGAAAGAGCAAGAGGUGCAGCAUAUGCGCAGAAACCUGGACCAAAGUGAGGCAGCGAUCAUUCAGGUGUUUGAGGAGAAGCAACGCGUCUGGGAGCGACAGAUGGACGAGCUGAGGCAGAACUACGCCUCACGGCUGCAGCAGGUUACCCGCCGUGCUCAGCGCUCCCAGACUGCCCUGCAGGCCCAGAUAGGCCGUCUGUCCCAGGACAAGAGGAGGCUCCAGGAGGAGAUGGCAGCUCUGUUGGCCCAGAGAGAGGAGCUGGAGAGAAAGUGUCUGGAUUACAGGAAGGAGCAGGCUGACAUCUUGCCUCGACUGGAGGAGACCAAGUGGGAGGUGUGUCAGAAGGCGGGAGAGAUCUCCCUGCUGAAGCAGCAGCUGAGGGAGAGCCAGGCUGAAGUGACCCAGCGAGCUGGAGAGAUGGUGGCCCUGAGAGGCCAGCUGAAGGAGCUCAAUGCCCAGCUGAGGGAGCGGGAGGAGGCCAUGCUGGGCCUGAAGGACUCCUAUAGCACCAAAAGUCUGGAGCUGGAGAAGUGUGAGGGAGAGCUGAGGAGGACCCUGUCAGAGGUCUCCAUCCUCAGAGAGAAGCUGGGAGUAUUUGAGGCAGAGGUUCUCAGUUUAAAGCGUGCUCUGAAUGAAGCAAGCAGAGGAGCAGAAGUGGUCAUAAGCCCCAACUUAGCUGCUGCAGGGCUUUUGCCACCCUGGGGAAUGGUGCACUGCCCACGUAACCCCACUGAGCCCUCAACCAACUCCCUGACCCCCACAUCUGACACCCUACUGAGUCUUCAGAGUGAUGAAGCCAAAGCCCAAAGGCAGGAAGCUCAGAGACAGGAGAGGCAGCAGCGUGAGGAAGCUCAAUGGCGUGACGCGCAGCAGCGUCAAGAUGCCCACAUGCAGCAGGACAUUCGAAUGCGUCAGGAUGCCCAGAUCCGACCAGAGGCCCAGCUCCGCCAGGAGGCCCAGCUUCGUCAGGAGGCUCAUCACCGCCACGAGGCCCAACUACGCCAAGAAGCACAGAUGCGUCAAGAGGUGCAGCUCCGUCAGGAGGCCCAACUGCGCCAGGAGGCCCAGCUCCGUCAGGAGGCACAGCUCUGCCACGAGGCCCAAAUGCGUCAGGAGGCCCAGCUACGCCACGAGGCCCAGCUCUGCCAGGAAGCGCAACUGCGUCAAGAUGCCCACCAGCCACAGCGAGGCCAGGAGGGUCACUGGGACGAGGCAGGGGAGCUGCGCCGGCAGCUAGAACAGCUGCAGGCUGCACUGCGCCUGGAGCGGCAGCAAAGGGAACGCCAGGCUCUCAACUUUGACCAGGAGCGACACACCUGGCAGGACGAGAAGGAACGGGUUUUGAAAUACCAGGCACAGCUGCAGCUCAGCUACGUGGAAACGCUGCAGAAGAACCAAGCUUUGGAAAAACGUAUGAGCCAGUUAGGAGCCAAACCAACGACAACGACCACCAACACCACUAUAACCACUACUACCACAACCUCCCCCACCUCUUCCAAUUCUCCACCUCCACCACCAGCCCUCUCACCUCUGUCUCCUCAGCCCCCACCCUCUAUCUCCGGCCCUAUUGCCCUCACCAUUUCUCCACCUUGUGAAGACCAGAAGGGGCCUCCUUCUCUCCACCAACUUGCCCCUCCCUGGGCAGGACCCUCACGCCUGGAGAGGAUAGAGUCCACUGAAAUAUAGGGGACAGCUCUAUGAAACAAAUUGUCCGGUGCAACACACUCACAGUGACAAGGUCUCUCACACAAAACCACUUCAGCAUACCGCCACUGAUAGACAUUCAGUCUACGAUAGAAUAAAUCAGUACAGUCUGACAUACUUUUCAAAGCAACUAUAGACACUAAUCAGCAACAAAGACCGCCUGCAAAAUCCAACAUUAUAAGCAACAAGCAGAUCAUUUGAACAGGAAGUUGAAUUACAUUCACUCUCAGUUAUUUUUCAACCUUCUAAGCAGCCUGUCUCACACGAGUUGCACACUACAUCCCACAUAGUCAGUGUUCACGAAAAAGUGCACCACACAAAUGGACGGCAGAAAAACAAAAUUUUAAAAGACAAUGUUUAGAUAACAGCACUAAUACAGGGGUCAUUUCAUUCCCAUGCUAGAAAAGGACCAAGACAAUCAGGGAUAUUGUCAGAAAUUAUCAACAAGGAAUAUUAUGCGGUAUUUAUUCAUUGUACGUCUGUGUCACUGGUAAUGUAAAAGUAGAAUUAGUGGUCAGAGUGUGUGAUGUUAACUUGCAUUUUUGGCCAGAGAGCGCCUUACUCCAUACUUUCCAGCAUGUAUAAGAGAAUAACUAUUGCUGGGAACUGAUGGGAAAAAAAAAAAAAAAAGUCAAGAGUGCGAUCAUCAUUUUCAGUGCUUUAAUUAUGAUAUCAGCAAAAGCGGUUACACAUCAUUAUCACACACGGCCGGAAUAUUUUCUUUAAAUCCCAGCAGAUGUUGAUGUUAAAGGUCACACAGACCUCUUGUUUCAGUUUUUCGAGUCAUUUCAUGCACAGGGUCCGACAUGCAUGAACCAUGUAAACACAUCACAAAGACCAACAGAGUUUAUAUUUUCUACAAAUUGAAUUAAAUAGAUAUGUUUAGCAGAUAAUCAACCCCCGAUUGAGCAUAAGUUUUAAGACGAGGGAGAACCUGGUUCGCCUUCACUGCGGCUCGUCUGCGGUGGCUAAAAACAAACACAAGAGGUCGCUGGAGGAGCUUUCACUGCGGCUCCCGACUCAAACCUCCUCUUGUCGAGCUGCGAGGAGAAUGUGAAAGGAAGCACACAAUUUGAAUUUAGCUAUUAUGAUAAUUGUGUCGUUCGCCUUUUGCAUUGACAGCCAAGAAAUCUGAGAAAUCAGUCGGCAUCCCCAAAGUUGAAAACAAAAAUUUAUAGAAUGUAUGAUAUACUAGAAAGAAAUACUUAUAAUAGUUAUAGAUUGUAAAUGUGCGUUUGAGUGUGUGAGUGAGUGUGUGUGUGUGUGUGUGUGUAUGAGAGAGAGAGAGAGAGGGUGUGUGCAUGUGUGUAUACAUACGAAAAAGCUUCAGCUUAUGAGAUUGAGGAUAGAGGGACUAGCGGCAAUAGAGAAAGUGAAGAUAUAUUAAGGGUAAAGGGUUUUCGGGGGAGGGGCUCUAAGCUUGACACAAGGGCAGUGAGACUGAAAGUAUCAAAUGAGGGAGUCUGCAUAUCCUUGAAAAUUCUACUUUCUUCUGUAUAAACAAAGCAGGUUGAGAAGGAAGUAAACAAAAAAAUCUAAAGAAGAAGAAAUGGAGCAUUCAGGCUAACUGCACUAUGUCCUACACACACGUUAUGAUGUACAGUAGACUCAGAUGUGAAUAUCAUGGCUUUUAUAUGUGUUGUUUAUGCCAGCAUACAAAGAUGUUGCUCAACAAUAUUAACUUAUCUCUAAGGUAUUACAUAGUAUUAUCAUCUUUAUUACUGUUAUUAUAUUAUGGUGAACUGACGGAGAAAAUAUGUGCCAUUUGAGCUUUCCUUUUAUGUGUUUUAUUUAUUUUUUAUUUUUUAAAAAACUGUGUAGAUAGCCUAUUAUCGGCCUACCAUGAUGGUGCAAUCAUAGCAACCCUGUCCAAAAAAAUAAUGAUGUUCCUUUUGAUGUAGGUGAUAAAUGUAGUUACAGUAUUGCAUUGUUUAGAGAACAAAAAUGCUACUGAUUUUAUACAUGUUUCAAAUUUAUUGUUUGCAUUUAUGUUAUUAGUACUGUUCUGGCUUGAUUAAAAAAAAACACCCCUUUGUUAAAAUUCAGCAGAACUAAUAAAGAUAUGUGAAUAAUUCAGCA